AUGAAGUUAAGACUAAAAGCUGUUGUCCUGAAUGGCUGCCAUGUCACUGAUGAUCCGCUGAUGAAACUCAUCAUGAGACACAAACAGAGUCUUUGCAGGCUGGAAAUAUUUGGCUGUCAGUUCAUCACCCCAUCCUGUCUGCAGGCAGUGUAUGAGAUGUGUCCUGAUCUGCAGCACCUGAACAUCGGAAAGGUGCCCAAAGUCAAUGCACACAGUCUCACAGCGUUGACUUCACUGCUCAAAAAUCUCAUUUCAUUAAAUCUCACUGGACUACAGGCAGUGACUGAUGCCACAGUGGGCAGGUUGGUGCAGAACUGUGUUGGCCUUCAGAGUCUGACCCUCAGCUCAUGUCCUGGAGUCACUGACCUGACACUGCAAAGCAUCAGCAAGCACAUACCUUUUAUCAGAUCUCUGGACGUGAGCGGCUGUACGGCUGUGACAGAUGCUGGAGUUCAGUCUCUGGCUCUGAGAUGUAGAAGUCUUCAGCAGCUGGACCUCAGCUCCACAGCCACAGGGAACAGAGGGUUAAAUCUACUGGCAAAUUACUGCAGUAGGCAUCUCCACACCGUCAAACUGAGCUUCUGCCGCAUCAGCGUAGAGAGCAUACUGAAGCUCUGCAGACACUGUAAGAGGCUGAGGCUGCUCCAUCUCUACAACUGUGCUCAUCCUCCCACUCAGAUGCAGAUCAGAGACGUUAACACUACUGUUAAAGUGUACCCACUACAGGAUAAAAUGACGAGAUAUGCUGGCUUCUUCUCAGGUCCUGGUUAG